AUGGCUGCUUCUUCGCGGCAAAUGGAUUCUGGGGCGCCUCUGACCAGGCGGUUUGUGGCCUUUGGCUGCAUCUUCGAGGAAGAUUUCCCCGCCAACCUUGUGGCUUGCCAGGCUUGGAGUGGCUGUCUUUCCAUCCGCGUGGCGAACCUGAAGACAUGGAGAGGAGUGGUGGGCACCGUAAACUCAGACGUGACAGAUCUCACAUGCUUCACCUCGGUGCAAGAAACAGACGCAGAGGCGCGUCCGCCAUUUAUCCUCCAGCCAUCCUUCGAGAACAACAUCUCUGCUUUUGCUUCACCCCGUGAGCAAAUCGAGUUCGCCCUCAGCUUCCAGGUUGGCGAGAGCGCUCGGAACGUUGGUUUCGAUAUCAUCCAUUCAUCCAACCACUCGCAAUACACCCGAGUAUACUUUCACCCUCCAUCAGAGUCUCGUCGUCUAGGCCGUUCCUGA